AUGUGCGAAGUAUUACCGGGUUUGAAUUUUCAACAACUAGAAAAUGGUAAGGUUAUUGAAGCCAUGAUCAAAGCUGUCAAGCAAGGGAGAGUUGAGUUUGUUACCGAAAUGCUGAAAGCAUGUCCUAACCUUGUAUGGUGUCGUGAAAACUCCACGGAUCGAGACUUAUUUAAGUUGGCCGUUCUUCAUCGUCAGGAUGAAGUAUUUCGCCUCCUAUGCAGAUCUCCUGCAAAGAACCCAAAAUUUCCUUUAGUAGAUCGCGAUAAAAAUACCAUAUUACAUAUAGCAGCAGUGUUCGAACCUUCCGCUAGACGUAAUACGGUUCUAGGAGCAGCUUUUCUUAUGCAAAGAGAAGUACAAUGGUACAAGGAGGUGGAGAGCAUUGUCCCUCCUUCCAAAUUAGAAUGUACAAACACAAAUGGUAAAAGACCUCGAGAAUUGUUUACAGAAAGCCAUAAAGUGUUGGUGAAAGAAGGAGAAGAAUGGAUGAAGGGGACAACAUCUUCUUGUACAGUUGUAGCUACUCUGAUUGUUACCAUUAUGUUUGUAGCAGCAAUUACUAUUCUAGGUGGCAACAAAGAAGAAACAGGCUUGCCAACCUUCUUAAAUGAGAAAGUUUUUAUGGUCUUUAUAAUAUCUGAUGCUUUGUCUCUACUUUCUGCCUCAACUUCACUGUUGAUGUUUCUUGGCAUCCUCACAUCAUGUUAUGCAGAGGAAGAUUUCCUUAAUUCCUUACCUAAAAAGAUGAUAGUAGGCCUUUCCACCCUUAUCCUCUCCACAGCAACCAUGAUGAUAACCUUUUGUGCUUCUCUUUCCAUUAUUCUACCAGGAAAAUCACGAGUGGUCAUUCCUGUCGUUUGCCUUGCUAGUGUUCCAGUUACCCUAUUCACAUGCAUGCAAUUUCACCUUCUUAUUGACAUGGUCAUUUCAACAUAUGGAUCAAGGAUCAUAAACAAGAAAGCGAAGUAUGGGUCAUAA